AUGGUGGUGGAUCUGGUCUUAGGAACUGUUUAUCACGGAAAAUGGAGGGGAACUGAUGUUGCUAUAAAGAGAAUUAAAAGGAGCUGCUUUUCAGGAAGAUCUUCUGAGCUAGAGCGAUUGACAAAAGACUUCUGGAGAGAGGCGCAAAUUCUCUCAAAUCUUCACCACCCCAACGUGGUUGCUUUUUAUGGGGUUGUACCGGAUGGAGCUGGAGGAACCUUGGCGACUGUAACUGAAUAUAUGGUUAACGGUUCCCUUAGGCAUGUCCUUGUCAAGAAGGAUAGAUUACUUGAUCAUCGUAAAAAGCUAAUAAUUGCCAUGGAUGCAGCUUUUGGAAUGGAAUAUUUACAUUCAAAGAAUAUUGUUCAUUUUGAUUUGAAAUGUGACAAUUUACUUGUCAAUCUGAGGGACCCACAGAGACCCAUAUGUAAGGUUGGAGAUUUUGGAUUAUCAAGAAUUAAACGCAAUACCCUGGUAUCUGGGGGUGUGCGAGGAACCCUUCCUUGGAUGGCACCAGAGCUGUUGAACGGCAGUAGCAACCGGGUUUCCGAGAAGGUUGAUGUUUUCUCAUUUGGCAUCUCUAUGUGGGAGAUAUUGACUGGGGAGGAACCUUAUGCAGAUAUGCAUUGUGGCGCUAUUAUCGGGGGGAUUGUAAAGAACACUCUUCGACCACCAAUUCCUCCCCGUUGUGACCCUGAGUGGAGGAAGCUUAUGGAAGAAUGUUGGUCACCUGAACCCGAUAGCCGACCAUCUUUUACUGAGAUAACUAGUCGUCUCCGAUCAAUGUCUAUGGCCCUCCAAGCCAAGCCUCAUAAUCAGUUGCGGCAGACAACAAACGGUGUUCAUUCCUGAAACCAAGGCAUGCUUUGGUCAUCCUUUUCCAUUCGUUGUCCAUUAUCUCCCAGCACCGAGUAUUAAAGUUGGCUUGAAUUCUUGAGGAGUGAGCACAAUUAUAUAGCCUGCUGUUUCUCUUUUUCUGUCGGCAAUAUCUUCAUUUGUUUAUUCUUUUAGUGGAAGUUGAAAUUUAGAUCAUGGUAUAAGUUGAUUGUAUCUAUCAAUUUUCUGCUUGUUUCAUGAUCGAAUAUUCUGCCAGAUUAUAGGAGAAAAGCAGGACAUCUUUACUGUAUAGGUACAUAUAUAUUGCAUGACUGUGAGUCUGUAAAUCCUACAAAUAUAUAUUGCAUGAUUGUGAGCUUGUAAAUCCUGCAAAUUUUUGUUCAUUUUUAUGGAAACACGUCCAAUUUUCCCAUUU